CCGCUCCUCCGGCGGCGGCGGGGCCGCGGCAUGAGCCCGGCGGUGCGGGAGGCGAGCGGGCCCCGCGCGGGGGGCGGGCGGCGGCGGCUCCUCUCCCGCCGAGGACGGGGCGCGGCGGCUCGCCCCAUCGAUCCCAAACGUGUGAUGCUGCCGGCACUGGUGGAAGAGUUUUGGGAGGGAGAUGAUGACAGGCUGAUGAAACCAAUCAAACAAUGAAGUAAUCAUAAAUCCCCGGUGCCAGUGGUGAAGCGGGAGGAGCUGGAGGAUGGAGCAGCUGAGGUCCUAACGAAGCCAUCCCGCUUGUCAGGAAAAAUCCUGGGAGGCUGAAGCACUGAAAGGUGGUCAAGGGUCCUGCCAUCGGGGGCCAAUGGAUGGAGACGGCGCAGUGCAGGCGAAGGCAGGGAAAAGCCUGCUGGCAGCUCCAGGAGAGAAGUGCAGAGGGCACGGAGGAUGGCAGCGGGAGGGGAGAGCAGUGGCUUCCUGGGGAGCGGCUGCCACCCAUCCCUCAGGAGGACAGCGAGAGGUGUCGGAGGAGAGAGCCUGGGUGCUGCUUUAUUUGCUCUUCCCAAACCUGCCUGCAAAACCUGAAUCCUGGGGCCAAAGCCUGAAGAAGCUUGUCACAGGCUCAUGGCUGGGAUGGGAGACGGUUCCUGCUAUGGGGGAUGCUACAGAUGGGUGCGAUGGGGCCUGAUCCUGCCCCACAGCUGAGACAACCCCACCAGGGGAGCAGCUCCUGCCGAAUGGGAGCCCACGUGUUUCUGGCUGUUUGUUGGUUUUGCUGAAGCCGAUCCUGAUGCUGGGCAGUCUGCUCUGGUCUGGGCAAGGAGCUGGUAUGAGGAAAACUCCAGAUAACUGGGAAAUUCAAUGCCAUUGCAUGGAAAAAUGUCCCAAACUGGGGGCACUGAGAAGUCACGGUUGCUGUUGGUGCUUCGGUGGAGCGCAGCCAUGAGCGCAGGUUCGACUGAGCAAGAGCCGUCGCGCAAGCUGGCCUGCUGCGGAGUGCCUCUCAUCACCGAGGACAUGCAGUCCCUGGCCAUCCGCACCCUCUCGGGCACCGACAUCAGCAAGCACUACGACCUCAUCCGCGAGCUCGGCAAAGGCACCUACGGCAAGGUGGACCUGGUGUCCCACAAAAGCACAGGCACCAAGAUGGCCCUGAAGUUUGUCAACAAGAGCAAGACAAAGCUGAAAAACUUCCUGCGGGAGUUCAGCAUCACCAACACGCUCUCCUCCAGCCCCUUCAUCAUCAAGGUCUUUGACGUGGUCUUCGAGACUGAGGACUGCUACGUCUUUGCUCAGGAGUAUGCCCCUGGCGGGGACCUCUUCGACAUCAUCCCGCCGCAGGUGGGGCUCCCCGAGGAGCUGGUGAAGCGCUGCGUGCAGCAGCUGGGCCUGGCCCUCGACUACAUGCACAGCAAGAGCCUGGUGCACCGGGACAUCAAACCGGAGAACGUCCUGCUCUUCGACCGCGACUGCCGCCGCGUCAAACUGGCCGACUUCGGCAUGACCCGCAAGGUGGGCUGCCGAGUCAAGCGCAUCAGCGGCACCAUCCCCUACACGGCACCUGAGGUCUGCCAAGCUGGCCGGGCGGAGGGCUUCGCAGUGGACACCAGCAUCGACGUCUGGGCUUUUGGGGUGCUCAUCUUCUGCGUCCUCACCGGUAACUUCCCCUGGGAGGCGGCGGCGGCUUCCGAUGCCUUCUUCGAGGAGUUUGUGCGGUGGCAGAAGGGGCGGCUGGGGGGGCUGCCCUCGCAGUGGCGGCGCUUCACGGACAGCGCCCUGCGCAUGUUCCAGCGCCUGCUGGCCCUCGACCCCGAGAAGCGCUGUCCCGUCAAGGAGGUCUUCUACUUCAUCAAGUGCGACCUGAUGGCCGAGGUGCGGCGCCGACCCUCCUACCGCUCCCGCAAGCACGCCAGGGACAAGCUGCCGGCCGGUCCCCAUCGCCAUGAGGUGGCCGGCGCCUGCACCCCUGCCCCGCUCAAGAGGACCGUCCUGACCGAAGGGAGCGGCCCCCGUGGCUCCGAGCCGAGCGCGGCCCCCCCGGGGACGGCGAGCAGGACAGACGGACGGCAGGACAAAGGCAAAGGGCAGAUGGUCCUGGCCACAGCAAUAGAGAUCUGUGUCUGAUGGCGCCGGGGGGGGGGGGGGGGGGGGGGGGCACACAGCAGCCGCCUGUCCCAUCCCAUCCCCCUGCCCCGGGGACAGGGCUGGGGGUCUUGCUUGGGGUGGUGGCAUGAGCUGGGACGGGGCUCUGGGGCUCCCCAAGCAAAACAAGAAAACAAACAAAAACGAAGAGGAAAAGGACAGAACUGGGUGUGCUCCAUAGCACUGAGGAUGCUGAUCCCCCCACCCCACCUGGGCGAGGCCGGCGGUGGGAGCCCGGCCGAGGGCAUCACUCGGUGCCGGGGGGACGUUGGUACCCCCGGGUCCUGCCAUGGCCGCACCACCCCCUGCAAGGCCCCCCGCAGGGUGGCCCGGGGAGGGGUCUCCCAUACAGGGAGGAAGAGGAGGCAGGGGCUGCGUGGGUGGGGGGUCCGGAUUGGCCAGCACCCACCAGCUCACCCCCACCCCGUGCUCAGCCCCCAGCCAGGGCGAGGGAAGGCCGAUGACCCCGCACCAUGGAGGAGGCCUUUGGGGAGGUUUGGGUGGGUGGGAUUUGCCCCCUUCCACCGGUCCCUGCCCCACGGGUGGGGACCGGGAGGGGAUGUGGAGUUGGGUGUUGGGCCGGUGAUGGGGAGCUGGGGGGUCACCAGCAGCCCAGGACCCCCGGCACCCCGGCUACCUCCCUGCUGCGGGAGGUGCUGGCAGCCAUCGAUGUAGCAAGUGUCCCUGUCUUGUGUGUUGUCGUGCGUCCCAGGCACAGCCGCUGGCAGCCCCUGGCCCCCCUGCCCAAGACCCCCGCCGGAGGGAGUGGUCCCCUCCCAGCCAGGAGCCAUGCUGUGGGCUUGGCCAGUGGCCGCGGUGCUGGCUGGCCACCAUGGCGGGUGCUGGGGGCCGGGGUGGCUCUGCCAUGGUGGUGUCCCCCUGUCCCCUCUGCAGAGUUGUUGUACCCAGGGACUGGGAGAAGGUGGUGGUGGUGCCUCUCCAGGCUGGUCUGCACAACCUGGGGAACAGGGGAGGGGGCUUUGAGUGGUCUCCCCAAGGGCCACAUGGUUCCCUGUGCUGUCCCCAUCACCCCUCCUUGCUGUCACCCCUUUCCCAAACCCCGGUUACCCUCCCCUGGGGCUGGCGGGGAGGAGGCAGCGGGGUAAAUCCCCCCAGGGCUGGCUGCAGCGGGGCGGGAUGGUGGCAGCAGGAGCCACUGGUGGCCCCUUAGUGACAAGGUCAUGGGGUGUAUGUGGGGGGGGGGGAUGCAACUCCCCUCCUAGUUGUAGGGCAGCGGGGGGCUCACCCCACUGCCAGGGUGGGGAGCCUGGGGGCACCCCACGUUGGCAGCACCCAAGCCCUGGCAUGCUUUGGGCUUCCCUCCCAUCAGGUGGGUGCCGUGGGGACCCCCCCAUCCCCUCCGCCCCCCCCCAAUUCCCGCAUAAAGGGCUAUAACGCUAUUCAGCAGCAGCAGCAGCAGUUUACACAGCAGGCGGGUGCCCGGCCGGACCCCCCGCCACCGCCGCUGCCCCCCCCGUCCCCGCGGCACCCACCCCUGCCCGCCCGCAGCGCCAAGGCUGGGGGCCGGUUUUAGAAGUAGCAUUGCCCCGAUGUAGAGACGCUAGGCGCGGUUUUUCCUCCUUUUUGCCUUAGGUCCCUCAAUGUCCUCGAUCUUUCGUGCAAUAAUGUAGAUACGGGAUCCCAGCCGCCCCGGGAGGGCUCGGCUGUGCCUCUCUGGCGCUCUGUCCCCCGGCGGGGUGCCUGGCUGUGAUUUCUGUUCCCGUCGAGGUCGCUGUGUUGGUAGGUCGUUGGGUUUUUAUUUCCAAUUCCCUCAGCUGUCGGGUUUCGGACCUUCUUCCCAUAGGAGAGGCUGUAGUGUCACAGACGUUACCUCAGUUUGUCACUGUUGAAAAGGAUAAAAAAAAAAAACCAACAAAAACCAACUAAAACCAUAAAAAAUGACAAAAUACAUAGUUAUAAAAGCAACAAAAAAAAAAUCUCAGUGGCGGUGAAGACUUUUUUUUAAAAUAAAAUGUGGUGCUGCUUGGGUGGGCAGGGGGCACUGCCUGCCUUUG